CUUUUGGGAGCUGGAGGAACUCGCGCGCAUAGUCGAUAUCUCUUACUGCGUUGGCACUGCUGGCUUGGGUAUCCAGAAGCCCUUUCAGUGUGCCAGCCGCUGCUCAGACCCUGAUUUCGAGAGCUUUGGGCUUGUAACAGUGGGUCGCCGGAUGCAGCAUCCCAUUGUUCUUUGUUGUAUUGUAUUGACGAUGACAGGCAUGGAACACCGGACCUUUCCUGUCCGACUCCUGCGGCUACAUCGCCCUGGCGCACACCCCUGAGAACCCACGACUCAUUCUCGCCUUUCGCGGAACCUACUCUAUCGCAAAUACCAUCGCAGACCUCUCGACUAUCCCCCAGGAAUAUGUCCCCUACCCCGGCGAGGACGACGAUGGGUCUACUUCCCACUUCCUUGCACCUCACAUGCAGUCGUCCACGCCGUCUGAGGGAGACCCACCGCCUGCAGAACCGCCCAAGUGCACCAACUGCACCGUGCAUACUGGCUUCUACUCCUCUUGGUUGAGCACGCGCAAAGUGGUUCUACCACACGUAUCUGAGGCCUUGGAGAAGUACCCCAACUAUCAGCUGGUGCUCGUUGGACAUUCGCUGGGCGGCGCAAUUGCGACUUUGGCUGGCCUAGAUUUCAAGGCUCGUGGGUGGAACCCUCGCGUGACCACUUUUGGCGAGCCGCGACUUGGGAACAAGAAUCUGAAUGCAUACAUCGACGACCGCUUCAAAAUCACGGACAACCACGAGUCAAAUGACUUGCAUCGUGUCACCCAUGCUGGUGAUCCGGUUCCCUUGCUACCGUUAGAAGAGUGGGGCUACUCGAUGCAUAGUGAAGAGAUCUUCAUCUCAGAACCAAGCCUUCCGUUCUCGCUGGCCGAUGUACACUACUGCGAAGGCGACGAAGACCCGCACUGCAUCGAAGGGAGUGAUGACGACCGCCCUGCAUGGGGCGUGCCUACACGCUUCAAGUUCUGGCAGCUAUUCUUCGCGCACAGGGACUACUUCUGGCGUCUUGGUCUGUGUCUUCCUGGUGGAAACCCAAAGGACUGGUACAGGAAGUUCCCUAAGCACAGCACUGGUGAUGGUGACGGAGACGAUGUACAAGAAAUCAACGAACUGUAAUGAGUAUUGUAUGAACACGUAUACAUAAAAGGUGGGCAUUUGUGCAAUAUUCUCGCAGCUACUGUUGCUGCAUGCUUUCUGUAAUUUUGCAUUAGAUCAUCCAGGUUGGAGGGUUCGACCGAGCGGAUCGAAUAGGAAUUCAGCAUAUGAACCUUC